AUGGAUUUGACCUACCCCAUUCUGAUCUCCAAUGUGUUAAAUGUAACGGAUGUGAACUUCACUACUGCAAUCCUCUCUGAGAAAAUUGGUGAAGUUGAGUUGGACAUCACUAAUAUUCCAGCUGAACUCAUAGAUGUCUUAAAGGCCAGUGUGAAAUAUCUAACCUACCCCAUCCUGAUCUCCAGUGUGUUAAAUAUAACAGAGAUUAACAUUACUACUGCAUGCUACCAAAACAGCAUUGGAUUCCAGUGCAGAUGUGAGGACCAGUAUGGUUGGUCAUGUGACCAGUGUUCCUCCUAUGGGUCCUGUGAUGACAUCAUUGAUGGCAAAAUAUGUGGAUGUGUCAAUGCUGUUCCUUCAAAUGGACAGUUCUGUCAGCCAAUCACAAAUCUUACUGCUUGUCCAAGUCCAACUACUCCAGCAGUGCCAUCAAACAUUUCUGGGAGAAUUAUUGAAAUUGAGUUGGACAUGACAAAUAUAUCAGUUACAUUGGUAGAUGUACUUAAGGCCAGUGUGAAUGGCCUGACCUACCCCAUUCUGAUCUCCAAUGUGUUAAAUGUAACGGAUGUGAACUUCACUACUGCAUGCUACCCAAACAGCACAUGCAGAUGUGAGGACCAGUAUGGUUGGUCAUGUGACCAGUGUCUCUCUUAUGGGUCCUGUGACAGCAUUGCUGAUGACUCCUGUGGAUGUAUCAAAGCCAUUCCUCCUGAUGGACCCUUUUGUCAGCCAAUCCCAGAUCUGACAGCUUGUCCAACACCAUCUCCAAUACCAG